AUGAAGGUGGCGGAUGUUUAUAUCCAUGGGGAGUGGCGUUGGCCUGAUACAUGGGUUACCCGUUAUCCUAUUCUCCUUGAUCUUCAGCAUUUCAAUCCUCAACCGACUGAUAAGGUAGUCUGGAAGUCUUCUUCAGGGAUGGAGUUGGACUAUGGUACUUCGAGUGUGUGGAACGAUAUUCGGACCGCUCAUGAUGAAGUCCCAUGGUCGGAAAUGGUUUGGUUUCCGCAAGCUGUUCCGCGUCAUUCUUUUUUCAUGUGGCUUCUAGUUAACAAGAAAUUAAAGACGCAAGAUAUCAUGGCUAGGUGGUUAUCUUCGGGGAAUAUGAAUUUCAACUUGAUGUGCUGUUCUCUGUGUACGUCGGGGCCGGACUCUCACGAGCACUUAUUUUUUGAAUGCCCGUACAGUGAGCGGGUAUGGAAGGGAGUAAAGGAUAUAGCGGGGUUAAACAACGUAACUAAUUCUUGGGAAACCAUCUACAAUCAUUUGGUGCAAUUCCGGGGUUCGAAAAACGCUAAGCAUGUGAUUGGCAAGUUGGUUGUGAGUGCAGCGGGUUACUUCGUUUGGCAGGAAAGGAAUGCUCGUUUGUUUUCUACAAAGAAGAGAAGUGCUAAUCGGCUAACCGAAAUUAUUUUGGCUACCGUAAGGAUGAAACUUCAUACCAUGCGAUUCAAAAGAACGAGUCAAGUGGAAAGUAUUCUACAGGAUUGGAGUCUCCCGCGUGGGCUGGUGAUUGAAGACGACGAUUGUGGCUAG